AUGCCCACCAUUGAUCCCCUCCGAAUUGUGGCCAAGGAGAUGAAGUUCCUGACCGGCAAUAUCAGAAAGCUUCUCGGCUCUGGCCACCCUUCGUUAGACCGCGCCGCGAAAUACUACACACAAGCUGAAGGAAAGCACAUCCGGCCGUUAAUAGUACUGUUGAUGUCGCGCGCAACAUCCCUCUGCCCCAAGGCUCCGGAGCGCCAACAAGCGACUAUCCAGGCUUCUUCUGCCAUCAACACUUCUAUCUCUCCAGUCUCGGUCCUGUCGGACUACAACCCAUCAGCCGGCGCUGAGAAUGAGCCUGUCAGCGCUUAUCCCGACAUCUUGCCCUCCCAGCGCAGGCUAGCUGAGAUCACCGAGUUGAUCCACACAGCUUCCCUGCUUCACGAUGAUGUGAUUGACCAUUCAGAGUCAAGGCGUGGAGCGCCGUCUGCAAACCUUGAGUUUGGAAACAAGAUGGCUGUUCUGGCCGGCGAUUUCCUUCUUGGCAGGGCCUCUGUUGCGCUCGCUCGCCUGAGGCAUGCCGAGGUCAUUGAGCUGCUGGCAACUGUCAUCGCGAACCUUGUCGAAGGCGAGUUCAUGCAGCUCAAGAACACAGCGCGGGAUGAGGCGAACCCCCAGUGGUCGGAGGAGGCUCUCACCUAUUACCUCAAGAAGACGUACCUCAAGACGGCAUCUCUCAUCAGCAAGAGCUGUCGUGCGGCGGCUCUCCUGGGCGGUGCCGACGCCGCGACAGUUGAUGCAGCAUACAACUAUGGCCGGAACCUUGGGUUAGCGUUCCAGCUUGUUGACGAUAUGCUCGACUACACUCGGAGUGAAAAGGAGUUGGGCAAGCCUGCGGGUGCGGACCUUGAGUUGGGUCUGGCGACGGCUCCGUUAUUGUUUGCUUGGAAGACCAACCCAGAGCUUGGUGCUCUGGUCGGGAGAAAGUUCUCUCAGCCUGGUGAUGUGGAACUGGCGCGGGAAUUGGUGAUGAAGAGCGAUGGCAUUGAGCAAACACGUGCUCUUGCCCAAGAUUAUGCCGAGAAAGCCAUUGAUGCUAUUAAGGACUUCCCGGCCAGCGAGGCCAAAGAUGGCCUCAUCGAGAUGGCUGUUAAGACCUUGAACCGAAAGAAAUGA